GUGUUUGUUUCGAGCAAUCGUGCUCGCGCGUGCUCAGCUUUGCUCUGCUCUGCCUGCCGCCUCCGCCUCCGCCGUCGUCUCCCCUCUGUCUUCCUCCGUUUCCUUCUCCGCCACCUCCAACACCCCAAAAAUAAUUUUAGCAGCACGAGCAGAAAAAAAAGUUCCGCUCGAAAAAAAGAAUUCCUCAACGAGAGGGGGAAAGGAAACCCUAGCUGUCUGAAUUCCGCCGCGCGCGGCAUUGCCCUCCCGCGACUCGAGCCGGGAGCUUGGCGGGCGGGUGCGUGCGUGGCGCACCCGAUCGCCGGCGUUCGUAUCGUUAGCCUCCGCUGGCGAGUGGGUGCUAGGUCGGCGGCGGCAGCGGGCAGCACGGGGCCCGAUCAUCGCUGGCGCCGCCGCUGCGGUCUGGCUGGCUGGCCGCCGGCAAGAGUGCGGUCGGCUGGUCCCGGGCGUCGCGGAGCAAGUGGGUCCGGGGGCAGGCCGCCGGAGACGGCGGCGACGCCGACGGCGGUCGGAAGCGCAAGGGAAUGGCGCUGUUCCGGAGGCUCUUCUAUCGGAAGCCGCCGGAUCGGCUCCUCGAGAUAGCCGACCGCGUCUACGGUACGGUAACCCCGCGCCUCCUGUUCGACUGCCGCCACCGAACCGAAUUACCGAUUUGGGGGGUACUUCGGGGUGUGUGCAAUCGGAGGUUCUAUUGAUUUUAGCACCGGAAAUGCAGCUGCAUUAUGUAAUUUCGCUCAGUGCCGGAACAAAUUUCUCUGGAUGUUGUUUUCAGGCUUCCAGCUAACAUGCCUUCCUUGUGCAUGCUGCAUCAGCUUACGGUGCCACCAUGAUUCUAUGGCCCCAUUCUAGUUUCGUUCGAGCUAUGCUUCUCAAAAAGAAGGGUUCGCUCACUGUUCGACUACCGCUGUAUUUUUCCCGUGUUUAUUACUGCACAUUAAUAGUAACGUUGCCAGCAACCUCGUUGGCUGGUGCAAGGGUUUGAUUCUGAAGUUUCUAUGUUAUGCGAUUAAUGUAACACCCAUGUUUGAAGAUAGAUGAGGAGCUGUGACAUUUAGUCUAUGCCUAAUACGAUAAUGCUUGCUGAUCAACAAGAACAAUGCGAUCAUGUCUUAAUCUGCUACUUCACUAUCAGAAAAAAAAUUGAAUAAGAAGUGCAUUUUAGUCUAAAAUGCUGCUAACAUGUUUGAAGACAUGAAGUUUCACAUAAGUAGAAAUACUGAUUGGCAUCUUUGUGUUGCUGUAUUUAAUUGUUUGCUGAUGGGUUUUCAGUAGUGCAACUAGGUGACUUCUUAGUAGGACUAACAGGAUAACUCUCAUGCAUUUUUUAAGUAAAGGCACUGCUCAAUUAAGCAAGGAAAAGGGAGUUUUAUGUAAGCUGAACGCCCAUUGUGCCCAACAGACCGGUCCUAGGACAAAAAGAGAAGCCCUCCCCCACUCUUGGUGGGGUAACCCGCAAAGAACAUCGUCCAUUCGUCCUACAUCUUUGCACUAUUUCUUCUUUGGUCGAUGAGGUGACCUGCUGCGAUGUCUUGUACACAUCUUAAAAAAUCCUCCUAUUUCUCUCCUUCCGCAGGUACCACACAAUGUAGAUUACCACUCCGUUGAAACGGCUGCGGUCGUGCUUUGGCACCUUGCUUACUACUUCCUCCCACCAAUCGGUAAUGCAGGCGGGGUCCUGUUAGGGUAGCUGCACAUUGAAAUUCUUCCAGGAUAGCACCUGGCUCCAAUUGGCCCUUGCGAAGGGGCACAGCAAAGAAAGGUUGUCCACCAUUAGGACUUUGUUGUGCAUGAGUAUCCAGGCGUGGACUUUGCAUUUAUUUUCCACCUGCGCCUUCCAAAUGAGCUCGGCCUGGAAUUUUCGAUGCGAUCCUCCGAACUGGAUCUUGUAUGCUGAACAUGUGGAAUAUUUUCCGUCAGCCAUCCAUUUCCGAGUUAUAGAAUCCUGCAUGCCGAGCAGCAUCUGUACAAUUUGUAUUCUGGUCCAUAGUUCGGCGAAUUCUUGGAUUUGUGUGGAGGUUGUGAUUAUGUCCAGAGCGAUCGGAUAUAGUCACCAUUGUGUAACUUCUGACAGGACUGUCCUGUUCUUUCUACACACCAGCUCAUGCGUUUAUGAUUUGAUUAUGUAGGAUCAAGGCUAUCAUGUAUUGAUCUGCUACUUCUGUAGUCUCGUAUAAAAAAAUUGAAUGGGUGGCUUCUGGCCUUGCACCAUACUUCUAUGAUGGUUAUAGACAUUGUCAAAUUAAGUCUGACAUUAAUGUGCAAUGAUUGGUCUGUUUGUGCUUGCAGUAUUCGAUUGUUGCUUCUCAACAGAAACCAUGGACCAAUACAGAUACAAGAAUUACCUGGACAACAUUAUUUUGCAGCUCCGUGAACAGUUUGCAGAUUCUUCAUUGAUGGUACUUAACUUUAGAGAUGAAGGAAAAAGUCUUAUUUCAGGCAUUUUCUCCAAGUACAAUAUUACAGCCAAAGACUACCCUUGCAAGUAUCUAGGAUGCCCGUUACUUCCUUUGGAUAUCAUUCUCCACUUCCUAAGGCUGAGUGAAAGGUGGCUUAUGCUUGAAGGGCAGCAAAAUAUUUUACUAAUGCACUGUGAGAAAGAUGGAUGGCCAGUGUUGGCAUUUAUGCUUGCAGGUCUUCUUCUGUACAGGAAACAAUAUAAUGGGGAGCAAAGAACUCUAGAUAUGGUGUACAAGCAAGCCCCAAAGGAGCUUCUUCAGAUGCUAACCACAUUGAAUCCACAACCGUCUCAUCUUCGGUAUCUUGGGUACAUAUGCAGAAUGGAUGACGGCAUAGGAUGGCCUACACAACCUAUUCCUUUCACCUUGGAUUGUGUAAUUCUUAGAGAAAUUCCAAAUUUUGAUGGAGUCGGUGGUUGUCGGCCAAUUGUUCGAGUAUAUGGGCAGGAUAUUCCAACAACUGACAGAAGUCAUAGUGUCAUUUCACCACCAUCAAAGGCCAAGAAACAUAUUAGGCGUUACAGACAGAUAAUGCGCCAGUGAAGUUAAAUGUAGGAUCCUGCGUCCAAGGUGAUGUCGUCCUUGAAUGUCUGCAUGUGGAUGAUGGCCAAGGAAAUGAAAGGUUAAUGUUUAGGGUGAUGUUCAAUACCUUUUUCAUCCAGUCUCACAUUUUACCGUUGAACUUUGAGGACAUCGAUGUCCCUUGGGAUGCCGAUCACCAGUUCACAAAGAACUUCAAAGCAGAGGUACUCUUUUCAGAGUUUGAUGCUGAGUCUGAUGCGUCAACUGAAGUAGCACCUGAUUAUGAUUAUGAUUAUGACUAUGAUAAUGAUAUGGAUGUUGCCUCUGCUGAUGAGUUCUUUGAAGCAGAAGAAAUCUUCAGUAAUGCUGAAUCUCAAGAUGGAAAUAAGGAUGCGGAUACUCUUUCUAUGGUCUCUACAGAUUAUAUUCGAACUCCAAGUGCCGAAUGUUGGAAAAACUCUCCAUUUUCCAACUUUGAUCUGAAUAUUGACAUUGAUGGAUCACAAGACAAUAAAGCCGAUAACUUGGGCUUGUUGUUAGAAACAGUAAAUGAUGGAAAGACAUGCACAUCCACUGAAGCCAAUAUUUUGCUCAACAAUGAGACUGCAGUUGUGAAGUCAACUUUUACCGCUACAAUAGCAUGCACAUCCACUGAAGCCAAUAUUUUGCUCAACGAUGAGACUGCAGUUGUGAAGUCAACUUUUACAGCUACAAUAGAUGGAGACACAGAUAGCGGCAUCUCAAGUUCUACCUAUAAAGAGGAUGGGUGCAUGUUUGAAAAGGGUAGUUCCAAGCAGGAUAUAAGGAUGGGUUCCAAUCAAGACUUGAGCCAGAUUGAUAAUGUAUUGGUUAAGGAGGUGAUUAUAUUAGAAACUAAUAGUACUGAUGACAUACAGAUGAUCAAAGAGGUCAUCAUAUCUGAAGUUACAACUCCCAAACAAGUGGUAGAGGGGAAUAUGAUGGAAACUGAAUUAGAUGAGGCAGUCCACAGUUCAGAAAGCACUGCACUGGGAGAAGACGAGGACACAAAACGACCUAAUACUUUUUUCAAAAAAGAUGAGGGACAGAGUGCACGAGAUGAAUAUGCUGCUUAUGACAAUGGCAUAGUGAUUGAACGGGAAGAAAGUCGCAACAAAGAAAAAUUUACCAUCACAGGCACAGAUUCACUAGUGGCUGAGCCCAAAGAUUUACCACAUCUUGACAGCUCAAACACUUCUUUGGAACUAAGUUCAGCCAAUGAAAAUAUUGAUCAGCUUCGUGCUUGCAGUAGUAAUGUCACUGCAGAGCGAAGAGCAGGAAUUGACACAUCAUUUUCCAGCUCCAGGAGUCAGUCUUCUAAUAUCUCUUGUGCGAACAUUCUACCAGAAGAAUCUAACUUGAUAAUAAACCAUGCUUCAACUUCUGUGAAUGCAAAUACAGAUACAACCGAUUCAUCUCGACUGGUGCUAAAGAAAAAACCUUUUCUACCAUUGGCGACAUCUAGUCUUUUUUCUCCAUCAUCUCCCAGACGCAAUCUGCUUCGUGCUGCAUCCACAGAUUUGUCCUUUUUUUCUCCAUCACAAACAGAAUCUAAGCAGAACUCCGUUACUUCUACAAGUGGAAGGGGUGAUUCAGAUACAUCUUCUGUGCUUCCACCAUUUCAGCUCUACACAUCCCUGGGAUCAUCAUCCAAAAUGUCUCUAGUACAUCCUACUCUGCGACCAAUAAGAACGAUUUCAUCUCUACCAUCAUUAUCAUUUGGCACAUUCAUAGAGAUGUCAAUGGCUUCUUCAAGAUCACCCAAACACCAAGAGCAUGUUAGAUCUCCCUCAAUACCACAAGAUCAACAUCUUCACCCACCAAUGACAGAGGAAAAUGAUCUACAUUCAGGUAGCUUAACUUUGCCUGCUUCCAACCAAUAUGGCCCUCAAACCCCACACCCACCUCCACUACCACCCCCACAUGAUUCUUGCACCCAAAGUUAUUCGAGCACCAUAAUAUAUGAACCUGAACAAAUAAGAGCUGAUGGAUCUUGUUCCUAUAGUCCAGAUUAUAGACAAAGUGUUCUCAACUUAGGUGAUUCCUCACUAACUUCACUCUCUAAUAGUAGUAUAGCUGCAACUGAAUGUCCCUUAGGAGCCUCUGAUUUUGUAGAUGAGGAAGUAACAAGUAGACCUAAUAUAGUAACUGCCAUGGAUGUCCCAUUUACCAAUGAAGAUACAAAUUCUUUGUUGCACAUGACUUGUUCUUCACCUCCCAAAACAUUACAACGUGCUGAACCACCAACGCUGCCGCCACCACCUUUGCCUCUAGUACCACCACCAUCACAACUACCACUGCCAACUAUAUGCAGUGAUAGUGGAUCAGUUCCACUGGUAUACUCAAAUCCGUCUUCAGAUUGUCCAUAUAAAGAACCAACAAUGCUACCAGAACACAAAUCUGAUGUUCCAGCUACUUCUCUCGAAGGACAUGAAGCAAGUGAAGUUCAAUUUCUGCAAUCUGAUACUGCUGUCGAAUUAUCUCCAUCAGAGCAUUCUGAGUAUAAAGUUCAGCAUGUGGUUGGAAGCGCUGAAGAUACAAUUUCAAGUAUGUCAUCCUAUAUACCUGCAGCACCUCCAUAUCCAAUGUUUCACAUUGUAACAGAUAAUUCCUCAUGUUCAAUAUCUGCAGAGCAAGUAAAUUGUGAGCAGCCUUUAGAUCAAACAACAUUAUCAAUUCAUUUGAGGCCAUUUGAGGUGGAGAUAUCACAAGGUGAAACAAUUAACGGAGUCUUGGCCUCUAUAAUUGAUGAUAAAGAACACGGAGGCAUUCCAAUUCUGCAAUUGCCACAAAAGUUGCCUCAUUCUGGAGAACAUAUGAAAUCUCCACCUCCACCUCCUCCUCCUCCACAACCACCACCUUGUCAUGCAACAGUUAUACCUUCUUUGUGUUUAUCUUCAAAACCACCUUCUCCAACAGAACAUUACGAAAAUCCACCUUCUUCCCCUCCACCUUUUUCUAGAGAAUCAUGUGUUGUUCUACCUCCACUUCCAGCUCCACUCUUGAAUCAUCCAUCUCUUCCUGGAAAACAUAUUAAUCUAUAUCCACCUCCACCACCUCCACCACCAACUUUACAUCAUAUCGCACCUGCAUCUCCGUGCUCGUACCAACCUUCUUUCUAUGCAGAUAUAGCAACCCAACCUACCUUUUCAGAGGAUAUUGUAAUAGUUCCACCUCCACAUUCAAAAGGGGUUAAUAUAAUUCCAUUGCCACCUCCUCCUCCUAGAACAAGUGAAACUUUGUCUCAACCUCUUGAUGGUGGGCAAUCAACAGGACCAGCUUCUCUUCUUGAAGUUACUAAAGAAAACCCACCACCUCCUCUCCUUCCCCCUGAAGGACAAAUGGGAUCUCCAUUGUCAACUCUUUGUGGAGAAAUUGUGAAUAUUCCAAUACCUCCACCUUCACUUCCUGGAGGACAUGGAGAAGUUCCACUAUCAACUCCUCCUAGAGGAUGUGGGGCCAUUCCACCUCCACCACCCUUUACUAAAGGGAUAGGAGGAAUUACAUUGCCAAUUGGAUUUCAUAGUGGAGACUUGUCAUUCCUCCAAUCUACCAGAGAAUCUAAAGGCCCUUCAUGCUUGCCACCUCCACCUCCACCUCCACCUCCACCUCCACCACCACCACUAUCUUCUAAUGGACACAUAGGUGAUCUGCCACCACCACCUACGAGUGUAUUUGUAGAGGCUUCGAUCCCUCUGCCACCUCAAACAGGAUGUGGAGGGGAUCCACCACCGCCACCACCUACUGGAGGACAUGUAGGGCCUCCACCACCACCGCCACCUCUAGGGGAAUGUGCAUGGGAUCUUCAACCUCCCAAAGCAUGUGUAAGGGCUCCCCCGCCACCUCCACCUCCUGGAGGAUAUGCAGAAGUUCUAAUGCCACCACCACCUCCCAGAGGAUAUGUAGGGGCUCCAGCACCACCUCCACCUCCUGGAGGAUAUGCAGGAGCUCCACCACCACCGCCACCUCCUGGAGGAUAUGCAGGAGCUCCACCACCACCGCCACCUCCUGGAGGAUAUGCAGGAGCUCCACCACCACCGCCACCUCCUGGAGGAUAUGCAGGAGCUCCACCACCACCGCCACCCCCUGGAGGAUAUGCAGGAGCUCCACCACCCCCGCCUUCAUAUGGAGGAAUUGGAGGAGUUCCUCCUCCUCCACCACCCUUUGGAGGACUAGGAGGAACUCCACCGCCUCCACCUCCAGCAGGGUUUCGAGGUGGAGCUCCAUCACCACCUCCUCCUCCUGGAGGUCAUGGAGGUCCACCACCACCUCCUCCUAGAGGACAUGGAAGUGGUCCCCCUCCCCCUCCCGGUGCACCUUCUCCUCCAAUGCCUCCUGGAAUGUCUGGUGGCCCCCCUCCUCCUCCAGGUGGAAGAGGGAUGCCUACUCCACCUGGCGGAAGGGGACAUGGCCUUGCUCGAACGUUAGGCCCGACAUUACAAAGUGCAAUGCGAAAGUCAUCCCUAAAACCACUACAUUGGGUCAAAGUAACAAGAGCAAUGCAAGGAAGCUUAUGGGCGGAGCUACAAAAACAAGUGGAAGCUAAUAGCCAUGCUGAAUUCGAUGUAAAUGAACUAGAGUCUCUGUUUACCAUUGCUCCAAAGGCAAAAGCUGGCUCAAAAUCAGAAGGCCGUGGAAAAUCCCUUGGAACAAAAUCUGAUAAAGUUCAACUGAUCGAUCUAAGACGGGCCAAUAACACAGAGAUCAUGUUGACAAAAAUCAAAAUGCCGCUCCCUGAUAUGAUGAGUGCUGCUCUAGCUUUGGACGAUUCAGUUUUGGAUGCUGACCAGAUUGAAAAUCUAAUAAAAUUUUGCCCAACAAAAGAGGAGAUGGAACUUCUAAAGAACUACAGUGGGGACAAGGAAGCUCUUGGCAAGUGUGAGCAUUUCUUUCUAGAGUUAAUGAAGGUGCCAAGGGUUGAAUCUAAGCUUAAGAUAUUUGCUUUCAAGAUUCAGUUUCAGUCUCAGAUUAGGGAUGUCAGAAAGAAUUUGCAGACUGUAUCAUCUGCUUGUGAGGAGCUCAGAAGCUCUGAGAAGUUGAAGGUUAUCAUGAAGAACAUUCUGUUAAUUGGGAAUACAUUGAAUCAAGGCACACCAAGAGGCCAGGCUGUUGGUUUUCGCUUGGACAGCCUCCUAAAACUUAUAGAGACCCGUGCCACUAGUGGUAGAAUGACAUUAAUGCAUUUUCUAUGUAAGUCCCUUGCAGAGAAGUCACCAGAAGUAAUGGAUUUUCAUGAGGAUCUUGUCCACUUGGAAGCUUCUUCAAAGUUGCAACUAAAAGCAUUGGCGGAGGAGCAGCUGGCAGUGGUAAAGGGGCUGGAGAAAGUUGAACAGGAGCUAACUGCUUCAGAAAGUGAUGGGCCGGUUUCUGAUGUUUUCCGUAAGACUUUAAAGGAGUUCAUUGAUUGUUCGAGUGCUGAUGUAUGCUCCUUGUCAGCAUUCUAUUCUGAAGUAGGUAAAAGCGCAGAUGCACUUGCUCUUUAUUUUGGAGAAGACCCUGCUAAAUUUCCUUUUGAGCAAGUUGCUACAACUCUUCUGACCUUUGUGGGGUUGUUUCGGAAAGCCCAUGAUGAGAACCUCAAGCAAAUUGAGGCUGAGAAGAAGAAAGCCCAGAAAGAAGCUGAAAAGGAGGCAACUCAGGACAAAACUCCUGUAAAGUCAAAAAAUGGGAAUGCAGAUAAAUCACCAAGAUCACCAUCAACCUUCAAAUGAUAUACGGCAAAAGUUCACAUGAUCAUCAUUUCUUCCUCAAAGAAUGUCUGCCUUUUCUGGCCUCGGCACAAUUUCACAAGCAUCAAUAGUAAUGCAAAUCCAUAAUACCAUGUGGACAACUCAUGCAGUCAUGCUUACAAGACAAGAUGCUUUUGGUUCAACAUCCAUGCAUGUAUCUCAUGACACUGUACAAAGCUCACCCCACACAAACUUAGGUUCUUCUGUACAAAAUCCACACUAGAUCUUUCUUUUUCCCCCCUUCUGUUUAUACUAGCACCAGGAGUAGCUCAUUGUUUGUAAACUAGAAAUAGGAGUGUAGGCAGUGAUCAGUAGUAGGUCAGAAGCAAUAGAAAAGGAUUAGUGCUACCACAGGCAGGUUCUAACCAGGUAAAGGUGAGUAUAUAGCCAUGUGCCCAUGAUCUUUGAAUUCUUGACUAGAGCAAAGUGUUUGUGCGUGACGUCCUGCCACAAGUAUCUCGAGAUCAAUUAAAUCUUGGUCAAAAUGUGAGCUUCAGUGUUUC